AUGGAUUCCUACGACAUCAACCCCGCGUUCAGCUUGAAUAUACCCAGAAACCGAGCCAGUGACAUCGAUCCUUACGAAGAUCUACCUGUACCUCCGGAGGAGCAGCCCGAUCACUUCACCCACUUCGAACCUUCCGAUUUCGGGUCAAUUACCCAGCUGCAUGAAGAAGACCUGGAAUAUCGUCCACGACAUAGACACAGGCAACAUGCACACCUGCGCUCUUCCAGUUUCCGGGAUUCCUACAGCUAUGACGACGACUGGGAGCGACGUCAACCAGGCGAAUCUAACCACUUCGGACGCUCAGGAGGACCUCUACCCCCUUAUUCUUGGGAGCACUGGGAGCAACAGGAAAGGCUGAAUGCCCCUCAAAACCUCGAUUAUCCUCUUCCCCCGCCCUUCUCCCCACCCCAUGCUCGCCGCCACAGGUCGCCUGCUCGCCAGUCGGCACCCUCUCAGGAAUAUCUUAUCCAUGCCAAUCGCCCAUCCUCCCCCAUUCUCGAUCCAAGUUCCUCGCGAAAACUCCUCAUCCUCGAUCUCAAUGGGUCCCUUCUCGUCCGCGCCCGCUUCAGUGGCACAGCACCAGCUGAACCAGGGCAACGAUUUGUACGCAAAGUACAUCGGCGACCGUACUUGCAGUCUUUCCAGGACUACAUCUUCCAUCCCAAGACCCGCACGUGGCUCGAUACCAUGAUCUGGAGCUCCGCCCAACCACACAGUGUCCACGACAUGGUCGAAAAGUGCUUCGGGCGCGCGCAGGAGAACUUCGCCGCAAUAUGGGCGCGCGACACGCUCGGGCUGAAGCACUACGAAUAUCACCAGAAGACGCAGACGACGAAGGACCUCGCAGUCCCGUGGAAGAAAUUGCGGUUAAACCCUGGAUAUGGUGGGAAGGCGCACUCCGCGUCCACGACGCUCCUCGUCGACGAUUCCCCGCUCAAGGCCCGCCUGCAGCCGUACAACCACAUGGCCAUUCGCGAGUACGAUGCCGAUACGCUGAGGCGGGAUCGUCUGGCCGUGCUCAAGGACGCGGUCCGGUCGAAGGCACGGCGCGCGGUCGAUGCACACGAGAGUGACGAUAGACGCGAGCAGCCGCAUGAGGGCGAGACAAGCGCGCCUUCUACGACGAAGCGCAAGCGGUCAUCUGACGAUGAGGGCGACGAGGAGGCUGAAAGCUCCGAGGACGAGGGCGAGCCAACGCCUGCGCCUGAGUCCGAGCAGCCCGACAACUCGUCUGCGGUGCCGGGCCUCGGCGGACCGCCGCUCUCGAAAAAGCAGCGCAAGGAGCUGGCUCGGAAGGAGCGCAAGCGGACAAAGCGGGAGCGCAGGAGGGCGUCGGCGAACUCGAAGAAAGGACCCAAGGACACCAAUGGGCGCUCGCCUUCGCCCCCGCCGUCAUCGCCUAUAUACGCACCGGUGGCCGGCGUCGAUGCGACGUUACUGGCCGUUGUAGGCGUGCUGGAUGCGAUCAAGCGGGAGGACAACGUUGCUGGGUGGAUGCGAGGAGGGGCGCUGUGGGCGGGGCGGCCUGCGCAAAGGACGGGCCCCGGCGCGAGGGCGCAGGAUAUCUCUGCAGCCAGCUCGUCAAUACCACUGGACGCCUCAAAUCCCCUGUCGCAGACUCCAGAGCAUGAACGGGACAGCACAGACGCAUCAAUAGCGGUGGACCAUGCGGGGACUUUCAAUACGCAGGCUGAACCUAGCGACGCACCUACGGGAGUCUUGGACGCUGCAAAUCUGGAUGCGGGCCUAGACGCGAGUAAACACGCUGCAGCCGCAGACACGGGCGGUAACGAGGGUCAGUCAUCUCUGGAACAGCUCGACAGCGCCACCGACGACUCCCUCGUAUCCGUGUUCGAGCGGAAACCUACCAACAACCCCCGCGACCCGCCUGUCAGUGACAAAGGCACGGACACGGACCAACCUGCUCAAGUCACUGGCGCGGACGCAGGCGACUCUGACAGCGCCGACGUCCCGCUUUGGUUCGAGAACGAGGAGGUGAUGGCGUACUGGGUGGACCGGGGCGUUAAGGCACUCGCAGAGCUUGGUAUCCCGCUCGUCCACGGUGUCGAACGCGAGGCUUGA